UCAGGCAGUUUGACAGUUCUUCCGGACGAUCGGCCAUAACCUCGCAUUGCUGGUUGCAAUGUCCCGGGAAACAGCGAAAAAGUCCUCGAAUUCAGUGUCAGGGAAGAUCCUGCUGGCCGUGACAGGUGGUUUGGGAGUCGCCAUAACAUGCAUCUCGAUUCCCUUCGUGGCGCCUGCUUUCCGGAAAAUCUGUUUACCUUACGUUCCAGCCACUCCUGCCCAGAUCUCAAACGUCCUCACCGCUCUCCAGCGAGCUGGCGGUGUGGCAAAGCCCCCGAGGAAUCUCCUGCUGGACAUAGGAUCCGGCGAUGGAAGAAUUGUCAUAGCCGCUGCCCAGAAUGGCUACAAGUCUCACGGUGUGGAGCUGAAUAGGUGGCUGGUGCACUACUCGAGAUUCUCCGCCGCCAGGGCGGGAGUGUGGCGCGAUGUGUCGUUCUUCCGGCGCGAUCUCUGGCGCUUCGGCAUCUCUCAGUACAGUCACAUCGUGAUCUUCGGCGUGGAUUGCAUGAUGGAGGAGCUGGAGCGGAAACUCCUGGCUGAGGCGCAGGACAAGUGCACAAUCGUCGCCUGCAGAUUCCCCUUUCCCACCCUGCGGCCGGCGCACACCAUCGACGCGGGCAUCGACAGUGUGUGGACAUACACGAUAGGAAGCUGAGAGCUAAUCUU